UUGAAGCCAGCGUCCUCUUCCAAGUUCAAAAUCUCCACAUGAACGUGUGCACUAAUCUCCCCCUGUCCCUCCUAUUUAUAACUGCUUUAAGAAAGAGGAAGGGCAGCAAUGAGAUUAGAUCAGAGCCUCAUGGAUCUUCUGCUCAAAUGACUUUUACUCUUCUUCCCCACAUAACGGUCCUCAUCAGGAGAAGAAAACAAGGCUUUGUUCUUCCCCUUGUUGCCCUUUGGACUUACAGGACCACAACUGAGAAGUACUGCACGAAGUAAUGCCACUGAAUGGGAUAACUGGGCCUAGAUGAUUUUUAUAAGACGCUUCAGGUGGCUCGGCACGGUGCACUGAGCCGAUGGAGCUGUUUUUCCGGCAGUGUUUCCUCCCUUGUUCUUCUGUUAACGUCUGAUGAAGACUGCACCCUGGUUGAUUUUCUAAUAUUCUUGUGCGCUAUUGUUAUCCCAUUUGGGACUGGUUGGUUUCUAUGCACAAUUAACAGCCAGCACUCACAGAAAACCUAACAAAAGUGUCUUGAAAGUGCAUCAUGGAUGCUAAUAGUGCUCAGCUAAAGACUAAGCUGAAAGAGCGACGCUCUACCAUCAAUGUGCUGGGAGCCAGUUUCUCACAGUCCAUUGAGAAAGAAAAGGCCUUCUAUUUCUCCCAGGGCAGUUCUGUUAAGCCAUGGAACUCUUUGGAACACCUGGACAGCCCUGCUCCUGCGGGCCAGAUCCCAAGACACCAAAAAGAGACGUUGAGACCACAACAGAACAUUAACAUCAACGUAGGGGGAAAAGUCUUUCACAUUCCCAAGAAGAUGGCCGUCAGAUUCCCUCGCACACGGAUAGGCUCCUUGGCCCUGUGCACAGACCGCGUCAAACAGCUCACUCUGUGCGAUGACUACUCGGUGCUCAGCAACGAGUUCUUCUUCGAUCGCGACCCAACUUUCUUUUACUACAUCUUUCAUUUCUACAGCAGUGGCGUUCUGUGGGUGAUGCAGGAACUGUGCCCUAUCAACUUCGAGGAGGAGAUGCAGUACUGGGGCCUGAGCUGGAAUGACACCCAGCGCUGUUGCCGCAUCCUGUUUGAGGAGAAGGUGGAUGAACUCCGGGACAAUCUGAAGGUGGAAAAGGAACUCUUAGCGGAGAUCGAGAUAAAGCAUGAUGAGGAAGGUUACAAGACCAUGUUCCUGGGUGGAAUUCGCAAAGACCUCUGGGACCUGAUGGAAAACCCUUACUCCUCGCUGUCGGCCAAAUCCUUUGCAGUUUUCUCUAGCCUCCUGGUGCUCAUCUCCAUCGUGGCUAUGACCCUCAACACUGUGAAGGAACUGAGGUCCCACACCCUCUCUGGCAAGACCUACCUGGAAUGGGUAGAGAUUUUCUCUAUUCUCUUCUUCACAAUCGAGUACUUCAUGCGGCUUGUUACGACUUGUGACAUAAAGCACUUCGUCAAAAGCUCCCUGAAUUUGGUGGACCUGGUCGCCGUCAUGCCCUACUUUAUCCAGCUGAUAUUUGAAGCGUUUGCCAACGUGGAGGACUUCAGUGCCCAGGAAGAUCUCAAAACCCUGGCUCAUGUCAGCAAGGUCAGCAAAGUGCUCAAAGUUGUCAAGCUGAUGCGUAUCUUUCGCAUCCUGAAGCUGGCCCGUCACUCCACCGGCAUGAGGGCGUUUGGGUUCACCCUGCGCCAGUGCUACCAGCAGGUGUGUUGUCUUUUCCUCUUCAUCGCCAUGGGCAUUUUCAUGUUCUCUGCCCUCCUGCAUUCGGUAGAACGGGAUGUCGAAGGCUCUCCAUUCAGGAGUAUUCCUGAUACCUGGUGGUGGGCGACUGUGAGUACCCAAACUUGUAUUCAGACUUUAAUGUAAAUUAUACUAUGUAUGUAGCUUUUGGUUGACUUACUUGACUUUGUCCUUGAUGCUACAUCUAACCUUAAAAUAUAUUGUUUGAACAGUACAACAUAAAUACAGUUUUUCAUAUGGUUG